AAGGCAUUGAGAGCUGAUUGAGAGCAAACGCUGUGAGCUCCCCAGCACAGUUGUCACUCCUCCCUGGUCCACCCACUGUAACCCGCAGCUUCCUCCCUCGCUAUGCACUCCCGUCUCGCCCUCCGCUCGCUCCUCUGUCCACGGCUGCUGGUCGUCCCGCCCUCGGCACCUCGCCUCCUGCCCUCCAUCCGCGCUCCCCUCAAGGCCAUCUCACCCCCGCGGCGCUUGAACUCCACCGUUGCCGCCGAAGCUAGCGCCGAAGCACCGGAAUGCUAUCUCGAGCGCUUGCAGGGUGCUGACAAAGGCAUCGUGCUCUUGAACUUCAACAGGCCAGCGGCGAAGAAUGCGUUAGGGAAGACGUUCAUGAAGCAGUUCCGCGACGCCCUGCAGGAACUGCGAUUUGAUGAGGGCGUCAGGUGCAUUAUCGUCAAGAGUCUGGUUCCGGGGGUGUUCUGCGCCGGCGCGGACCUGAAGGAGCGAGUGAAGAUGUCACCUGUGGAAGUCGCGGCGUUUGUGCACGGACUCCGGACGGCUUUCGCGGACCUUGAGUCCCUGCCUGUCCCUACCAUCGCGGCCGUCGACGGUGCCGCUCUCGGCGGCGGUCUCGAAGUCGCCCUAUCCACAGACAUCCGCGUCGCAGGAAUGAACGCCAAACUCGGCCUCCCCGAAACCAAACUGGCCAUCAUCCCCGGGGCCGGCGGCACCCAACGCCUUCCGCGCCUCAUCGGCAUACCGCGCGCCAAGGAACUGAUCUUCACCGCCCGCGUCAUGCAUGCCAGGGAGGCGGCAGAGAUUGGGCUUGUGAACCAUGCGGUCGAGGGCGUCGCGGCUGAUAAGGCGUUGGAGAUUGCGAGGAGUAUUAUUAAGAAGGGACCGAUUGCUAUCCGAGCCGCAAAGCUCGCCAUUGAGCGCGGAUCUCAACUCGAUAUGGCCUCGGGCCUCGCCUUCGAACAAACAUGCUACGCUCAAGUCAUCCCGACCGAAGAUCGGUUGGAAGGUCUACGCGCGUUCAAGGAGAAGCGGGAGCCGGUGUACAAAGGCCGUUGAAGUCCGCCAUAGCCACGAUGCCCACCCACACCCACAUUAGAAACCAAAAUGUAUGUAUGAGACAGUCUAAACCCCACAUGCCACAAUCGGCUGGAUCUAUAUAGCGCAUCCUUUUACGGAGAGAUACAUAGACCUGUAGCAUACUCAAAACCAAUACAUAUAAUUGAACCAGAA